CCCGUUACUUGGCACACGCCAAACACUCUUUCCAGGGACGUUGAGUCCACCAAGAAACCAGAUCCAACAAACUCCGGUCAGAAAACACAAAUUCCGCGGUCAGCAUCCUCUGACUCCGUCCCUCGAAAACUCCUCCAAAACAAUAACCAUUCAUUACCGCACUCCUCCGUGCCGAUAGACAGGGAAAGGAACGGCCCGUUUGUUGACGUCAACCCUGGUGACGUCAAAGACCGAACAAGGUCGAAGCAGUCGAUGAAAGUGUUACGGAAGACGUCAGACGUGGGCGGGCUGAACGGUGAUGACCACCUGACCAACAACACCAGGGCAAAGUAUGACAUGCCAAGAAAAGAUUAUUUCCAGAGGAACUUAAAACUAAAGGUGAUUAAACUUUCUUGAGAAUGUGGGACUGGAGAGUUUCUGUGAAUAUAGGUCAAUAACUGGGUUGCUAGGUCAAGUUGGUGAGGGGACAAGGUCAAUAAUUGGUUGGCUAGGUCAAGUUGGUUAGGGGACAAAAUCAAUAACUGGGUUGCUAGGUCAAGUAGGUGAGCGGACAAGGUCAAUAAUUGUGUUGCUAGGUCAGGUUGGUGAGGAGAGAGGGUCAAGAAUUAAAUGGCUAGGUCACGUAGGUGAGAUGGCAAGAAAAAUAAUUUGGUGGAUUACCCUAAUGGCCUAUUAGUUGGAUUAUGGAUAGAUAAUGGACAAUGGGCUGAUGGGGUUUAAUCAGGUCUUUCUCUCUGAAUCUCUCUCUCUUCUCUCUAUCUCUUCUCUCUCUAUUUCUUUAUGUAUCUCCUUUUUUCCUAUCUCUAUUUAUUUAUCUCUAUUUUCCCUAUAUAUCUUUCCAUCUAUCUUUUUAUUUACCCUCUAUUUCUAGAAUAUUUCAAAGUGAUGCUAUCCUUGUAUCCUAAGCAAAUCCAAAGAUGUUUGCUUAGUGUGAUUCUUAUAGAACCAAACAUAUUUUUAAAAUUCCAGUUAAGACACACAACUUUACUCGCUAGUACACACCAUAAUACCAGUGAACACAUACUAAUUUACUUGCUAGUACACACCAUGAUACCAGUUAAGACACACAACUUUACUGUCUAGUACACACCAUAAUACCAGUUAAGACACACAACUUUACUCGCUAGUACACACCAUAAUACCAGUGAACACAUACUAAUUUACUUGCUAGUACACACCAUGAUACCAGUUAAGACACACAACUUUACUGUCUAGUACACACCAUAAUACCAGUUAAGACACACAACUUUACUCGCUAGUACACACCAUAAUACCAGUGAACACAUACUAAUUUACUUGCUAGUACACACCAUGAUACCAGUUAAGACACACAACUUUACUUGCUAGAACACACCAUAAUACCAGUUAAGAUACACAAAUUUACUUGCUAGUAAACACCAUGAUACCAGUUAAGAUAUACAACUUUACUCGCUACUACACACCAUGCUACCAGUUAAGACAUACUAAUUUACUUGCUAGUAAACACCAUAAUACCAGUUAAGACAUACAACUUUACUCGCUAGUACACACCAUAAUACCAUUUAAGACAUACAACUUUACUCGCUACUACACACCAUGCUACCAGUUAAGACAUACUAAUUUACUUGCUAGUACACACCAUGCUACCAGUUAAGACAUACUAAUUUACUUGCUAGUACACACCAUGACACCUGUUAAGACACACAAUUUUACUCGCUAGUACACCAUGAUACCAGUUAAGACCCACUACUUUACUGGUUUGUACUCACCAUGAUACCAGUUAAGUCACACUACUUUACUCGCUAGUACACACCAUGAUACGAGUUAAGACAUACUAAUUUACUUGCUAGUACACACCGUAAUACCAGUUAAGACACAUUACUUUACUCGCUAGUACACACCAUAAUACCAUUUAAGACACACAAUUUUACUCGCUAGUACACACCAUGCUACCAGUUAAGACACACAAAUGUACUGGCUAGUACACACCAUGACACCAGUUAAGACCCACUACUUUACUGUCUAGUACACACCAUGACACCAGUUAAGACACACUACUUUACUGUCUAGUACACACCAUGACACCAGUUAAGACACACAACUUUACUCGCUAGUACACCAUGAUACCAGUUAAGACCCACUACUUUACUGGCUUGUACACACCAUGACACCAGUUAAGACACACUACUUUACUCGCUAGUACACACCAUAAUACCAGUUAAGACACAAUUUUACUCGCUAGUACAUACCAUAAUACCAGUUAAGACACACUAUGAUACCAGUUAAGACACGGCAUGAUACAAGUUAAGACACACCAUGAUACCAGUUAAGACACACCAUGACACCAGUUAAGAUACACCAUGAUACCAGUUAAGACACACAAUUUUUUUCGCUAGUAAACAACCAUGAUACAAGUUAAGACACACGAUGAUACCAGUUAAGAAACACUAUAAUACCAGUUAAGACACACCAUGAUACCAGUUAAGACACACCAUGAUACCAGUUAAGACACACCAUGAUGCCAGUUAGGACACACCAUGACACCAGUUAAGACACACCAUGAUGCAGUUAAGACACACCAUGAUACCAGUUGAGACACACCAUGAUACCAGUUAAGACACACCAUGAUACCAGUUAAGACACACCAUGAUACCAGUUAAGACACACCAUGAUACCAGUUAAGACACACCAUGAUACCAGUUAAGACACACCAUGAUACCAGUUAAGACACACCAUGAUACCAGUUAAGACACACCAUGAUACCAGUUAAGACACACCAUGAUACCAGUUAAGACACACCAUGAUACCAGUUAAGACACACUAUGAUACCAGUUAAGACACACAAUAUGAUACCAGUAAAGACACACCAUGAGACCAGUUAAGACACACCAUUAUGCCAGUUAAGACACACCAUUGAUACCAGUCAAGACACACUAUGAUACCAGUUAAGACACACCAUAAUACCAGUUAAGACACACCAUGAUACCAGUUAAGAUACACCAUGAGACAAGUUAAGACACACCGUGAUACCAGUUAAGACACACCAUGAUACCAGUUAAGACACACUAUGAUACCAGUUAAGACACACCAUGAUACCAGUUAAAACACACCAUGAUACCAGUUAAGACACACCAUGACACCAGUUAAGACACACCAUGAUACCAGUUAAGACACACUAAGACACACUCACUAAGGCACACUAACUAAGACACACUAACUUAGACACACUAAGACACACUGACUAAGACACAAUAACUAUGUAAUCGUGAUCCUCGACAGGACAACCGCGUCAAGUCUACGUUGAGACGGCACGCCAUGUCAG